AUGUUUAUGACCAACAAAUAUUUAUUUUACUUCAAUAUUCUUUACCUCUUCCUUCAUUUCUUCCUCAUCUCUUCCUUCAUUUCUUCCUCACCUCUUUCUUCAUCUCUUCCUCAUCUCUUCCUCAUCUCUUCCUCAUCUCUUCCUCAUCUCUUCCUCAUCUCUUCCUCAUCUCUUCCUCAUCUCUUUCUUCAUUUCUUUCUCAUCUCUUCCUUCAUCGCUUCCUCAUCUCUUCCUUCAUCUCUUCCUUCAUCUCUUCCUCAUCUCUUCCUUAUCUCUUCCUCAUCUCUUCCUCAUCUCUUCGUCAUCUCUUCGUCAUCUCUUCCUCAUCUCUUCCUCAUCUCUUUCUUCAUUUCUUCCUCAUCUCUUCCUCAUCUCUUUCUUCAUCUCUUCCUCAUCUCUUCCUUCAUCUCUUUCUCAUCUCUUCCUCAUCUCUUUCUUCAUUUCUUCCUCAUCUCUUCCUCAUCUCUUCCUCAUCUCUUUCUUCAUUUCUUCCUCAUCUCUUCAUCAUCUCUUUCUUCAUCUCUUCCUCAUCUCUUUCUUCAUUUCUUCCUCAUUUCUUCCUCAUUUCUUCCUUCAUUUCUUCCUCAUCUCUUCCUUCAUCUCUUUCUCAUCUCUUUCUCACCUCUUCCUUCAUUUCUUCCUCAUCUCUUCCUUCAUUUCUUCCUCAUCUCUUUCUUCAUUUCUUCCUCAUCUCUUCCUCAUCUCUUUCUUCAUAUCUUCCUCGUCUCUUCCUUCAUCUCUUUCUCAUCUCUUUCUCACCUCUUCCUUCUUUUCUUCCUCAUCUCUUCCUUCAUUUCUUCCUCAUCUCUUCCUUCAUCUCUUUCUCAUCUCUUUCUCACCUCUUCCUAUAUUUCUUCCUCAUCUCUUCCUUCAUUUCUUCCUCAUCUCUUCCUUCAUCUCUUUCUCAUCUCUUCCUCCCCUCUUCCUUCAUUUCUUCCUCAUCUCUUCCUUCAUCUCUCUCUUUCUCUCCUCUUCCUUCAUUUCUUCCUCAUCUCUUCCUUCAUCUCUUUCUCAUCUCCUUCUCACCUAUUCCUUCAUUUCUUCCUCAUCUCUUCUUCAUCUCUUUCUCACCGCUUCCUUCAUCUCUUCCUCACCUCUUCCUUCAUCUGUUCUUCAUCUCUUCCUCAUCUGUUCCUCAUCUGUUCCUCAUCUCUUUCUCACCUCUUCCUUCAUCUCUUCCUCACUUCUUCUUUCAUCUCUUCCUCACCUCUUCCUUCAUCUCAUUCUCAUAUCUUCCUCAUUUCUUACUUAUCUCUUCCUCAUCUCUUCCUCAUCUCUUCCUCAUCUCUUCCUCAUCUCUUUCUCAUCUCUUCCUCACUAUUGUAG